AUGGCUACUCUCGCAGCACACGACCAGGAGAAUGCAGUGCGCAACCUGCAGAUCGGCCCCAGCGGGAAGCCGCUCAACGCCGGCGUGAAGGGCUUCGGCGCCAAAACACCAGGGAAUAAGGCCCCAAAGACGCCUUACAAGAUCCCUCUCAACGACGAGAAUAUCUUCACCAAGGGGGGGGAUGGCAAGGGCAAGGGCAAGGGAAACGAGAAUCUGUUUCUGACUACCAGGAAGGGCGGCAAGCUGGACGCCAGUGCUUUCGUUACGCCUGCUGGCCCACGCAACCGCGCUCCGCUCGGUGCAAAGACGACAAACGCCAGGGGGAAAGCUAUCCAAACGCCUGCGCCUCUCGGCUCCUCGGCCAAAACCCUCAAGGCAAGCCCGCGCCUGCGCCGCCCAAAAGUGAAGGUCCACCAGCCUGAAGCGGAGGCGGACUCGGAAGAUGACGUCCCAGAGAUUGAGUACAUGCCGCCUAAGGAGGUUCCCCUUCCGGACGACAUGGACGAUUACUUGCCUCGGGACUGGGACUUCUCCAUUCUCGGAGGCGAAAACGCGUCACGCGGCAUUACGAGCGCAUAUCAUAACCCAGUCGAAGACGACGGCCGCACAAGGGGACAGCGAGAGUUCGAGGAGAGUCUGGAGCGUGAUCGCAAGAAGCGAGACGAUGAGUUCGACAGGAUCUUCGAGGCGCAGAUGGCCAAGGAUGAUGCUGAGUCGAGACGCUACUUUGGAAUCAAAGAACCGAAGAAGGAGGCGCCAAAGCCCACCGCAAAGGCUGCUUCAUCCGUGAGGCCAGCCACCGGUCUUUCAACGAUGCGCGCAAGGUCAGCUGCUGCUGCCCUUGCGCCGAUCGAUCGAUCUACCCCUAGGUUCGGUGCAUCCACCACGGCCGCAAAGUCACGCGUACCUACAGGCCUUAUCUCUGGUAGGAAGACGCCAAUGCCUCUCGCAGAACCGACCGUUGCUCGUCAUGCCCGUCAUGCGUCGGCCGUCGCCUCGUCCAAGGGUACUAUCGGCUACGCACAGGGACGCGCAGUGCGUUCCGGCUCAGCAAUGCGCCCACCCCUUUCGAAUGUCACCAAACCUGUCGGUCCUAGCCUCUCAACUUCGAAGCGUGCGGGUACUAUGACUCCGUCUCUCUCAUCAGCGCAUCAACGCACCGUCAGUGCCGCUGCAUCUUCUAAAUCUCGACCUUUCUCGCGCUCGAGCUCAACCUCCACAAAUGCCACUCUGGUCGCCCCGCUGCAUGCAGAUCAGUUUGAAGAAACGGCAGAGAGUGUCGAACGCGAGCUUGAGCUAUUGGCGCUCCAAGACGAAGAAGGCGAAGAAGUGGAUGCAUGGAUGAACAGCUUCAACGAUCAGUUGGGUGGUAUCGACCCCCUUGAUGAAGAGCUAGGUGACUUCCAGUUACAGCUUCCAGAGGGGCUGUAG